CAAUUGUGGAAAAGAAAAAACUUGAGCAUCACUAUACACCCAUCGACUCAUACGAAUGCGACUUCAAAGAGCCUUAAAGUUAAAAUAAAGAAGAGAAGAGAAGAAGCAUGGGGUACAAGCAGUACCUGGCGGUAGGCCAGUCGGCGCGGAACAGGCUGUUCGGCCUCGCGCCGCGCAUCUCCGGCGACAAGCGCACUCUGCCACUGAACAUGAUGAUAUCCCAACAAGGCAAAAUAAAUCAUGGACGCCUGGCUGUGAUCAUGUUCAGCAUCUGCACCGUGGUGCUUGGCAUCAUCCUUUCCUUCGUGCCUUGGCUAGACUACAUCAUAUUUAGAGAGCUGAGGUUAUGGAAUGGUUCCCUGAGCUACAGCUACUGGCAGAAGCCGGGCGUCGUACGGCUCACUAAGGUUUACAUCUUCAACGUCACCAACCCGCACGCCUUCAUCGAGAACGGAGAGAAACCAAAGCUGGCUGAAGUCGGACCAUUUGUAUACAGAGAGGACAUGGAGAAGGUGAAUAUAAAAUUCCACGACAACGACACGGUGACAUUCCAACACAAGAAAAUCCUGCGCUUCGUGCCCGAGCUAUCCGUCGACAAAACGCAGAAGUUGCUGGUGCCCAACAUACCGCUGCUGACGGUGACGUCAUUUUCUCCGAACCUAGCCGGGUUCGUGUUCAAUUUGUUGGUGACGGGGCUUGCCAUCACAUACAAGGACCGUGCUAAGCCUUUCGUUCACGUAACCGCUGAGGAACUCGUCUUCGGGUACAACGACCCCCUAGUGACGCUGGCGCACUAUUUCUACCCCAAAGGCAAACGACCUAACAGUCAGAUGGGACUUCUCCUUGCCAGGAACGGGACAUUGGACGAGGUGUCUACGAUCUAUUCAGGAGAGAGGAUGGAUCGCUUCGGGUAUCUGGAUAAAGUUAACGGAUUGGAUCACCUGCCGCACUGGAGAGACCGGCCCUGUAAUGACAUCAGGGCAUCAGAGGGUUCGUUUUUCCCGCCGCGCGCGGUCACCAAGUCAGACCUUGUUUACGUGUACGACAAAGAUCUGUGCAGGAUCCUGCCGCUGCAGUACAGGAAUGAUGUCUACAAAGAUGGCAUCAAAGCGGGCCUGUACACGCCGCCAAAUUCGACAUUUGAGUGCGCACGCCUCAACCCUGACAACCGCUGCUACUGCGAGGGCGAGGAGUGCCCGCCGCGCGGUCUGCAGAACAUCAGUCCCUGCCAAUACAACGCACCAGUUUAUUUGUCAUACCCGCACUUCUAUGACGCGGAUCCAACGCUGCUUGAACCUUUUGAGGGCCUCAAGCCUGACAAGAAACGACACGAAACGUAUUUUUAUAUACAAGAUAAAAUUGGUGUGCCCCUGGAGGGCUUCGUGAGGGUCCAAAUGAACCUGAAGGUCAACCGCGCGCCCAACAUCAAGGUCAACAACAUACACAAGUUCCCCGACAUGAUGUUCCCGGUUAUGUGGAUUGAAGAGGGUAUCCAUGAAGUGACACCUUCUAUUUGGCGCUGGAUCUUCUUGGCUACGACUGUUGGUCCCAUCGCAGCUCCGGUCAUCUGUUACUCCAUGAUUAUCAUCGGUCUAUCGAUACUUAUUACAAUCUUCGUUAAGGCAUAUAAAAACUUCGUCAUUGGACAGAACUCGAUCGAAAUAAUGGAAUUGGGCAAAGAAACUUUACGCAGAGGAUCUACAUUGAUUAUAAACGGAUCACACAAGUUAAUUCAUAAAGAUAACGUUUAUCAACCAUUGAACCAAUCUGAUCCCUCAACUCCAAACAGUGAAGAGAAACUGCACGAGUUAAAAUUCGUCACCAGAUCUGAAUGUUUCAGUAGAAGUCUUGACGAAGUUAAUGAGAAUGUCAGAAGUGGAUUUGUGAAGUCGAAUUUCUGUAAUCCAGAACGAGAGUCAUUAAUAAAUUCUGACAAUUCGUUCAUCUUGUCAGAACACAGAAGAUGUAGAGUCUUCAAGUUACCUGAUAGUUAUUUUAGUUAAAUUCUAUCAUGAUGUUUUCUGAUGAUAUUUAAAAAAAUAUAUAUCGAUA